AUGUCGUUGCACCUGAUGGUGCAACGACUUGCUGUGAAAUUUUAUGUUAAACUUGGGAAAUCUGCAAUUGAAACAUUUGCUAUGCUCAACACGGCUUAUGGUGAUGUUGCUAUGAAGCUUACAGCAUGUUUCAAUCAGCUUGAUAAUACUUCCUCUGCUCUACCCCUUCCUAAAUCAAAAGCCGGCAAUUUAGAAGCAGAAAAAUACUUUUUACCAUUUGAAUUGGCAUGUCAGUCAAAGUCACCUCGAAUUGUAAUAACAGCAUUAGACUGUAUUCAGAAAUUAAUUGCAUAUGGGCAUCUUACGGGAAAUAUUCCUGAUCCCAGAAUUCCUGAAAAGCAAUUAAUAGAUAGGAUUGUUGAAACAAUAUGUAGUUGCUUUCAAGGCCCAACUACUGAUGAUGGAGUUCAGUUACAAAUUAUAAAGGCACUGUUAACAGUGGUGACUUCUCAGUCAUGUGAAGUUCAUGAAGGGAGUGUAUUACAAGCUGUUAGGACUUGUUACAAUAUUUAUUUGGCUAGUCGCAAUCUCAUAAACCAGACAACUGCAAAGGCAACUCUGACUCAGAUGCUAAAUGUCAUUUUUAGUCGAAUGGAAGCUCAGGCAGUGAGUAUUUUAUUUAUUUAUUUAGGAGGUGGAAGUGAAAAUGAAGUUGUAAUUGGAAAAUUUGAUGAAACUGAUAGAAUAGAACCAUGUAUGGAUUCUUAUAAACAAGAAUGUGAGGAACUAGAAGAAUUACCUCAGAUGAUAGCAGCUUCUGUGCUCCAAGAUAUUGUUAACAGAGUAUCAGAAGAUAUACCUGAAACUAGUUCACUGAGUGAUCAGUCUGGUGCACAGUCUGUACCUUCUCUUCCUAUGGAAGAAUCAUUAACUCCUUCCUUGCCUAGAGUUCCUUCACAAGAGAGUCUAGAAACUGUUUCAGAACCCGUCCAGAUGCGUUUUUCUCAUAUCUUACAAAAAGAUGCAUUCUUAGUCUUUCGUUCAUUAUGCAAAUUAAGCAUGAAACCUCUUCCUGAAGGCCAUCCUGAUCCAAAGUCUCAUGAACUUCGGUCAAAAAUUCUAUCACUUCAGCUAUUGCUUUCUAUAUUACAAAAUGCAGGACCUGUGUUUAGAUCAAAUGAUAUGUUUAUCAAUGCUAUUAAACAAUAUUUGUGUGUUGCCUUGUCAAAGAAUGGUGUUUCAUCGGUUCCUGAAGUAUUUGAACUUUCUCUUGCCAUCUUUUUAGCAUUACUGCAGAAUUUUAAAACACAUUUAAAGAUGCAAAUUGAAUUUUAUUUUAAUAAAUAUAUGUAUAAUUUUUAUUUUUUAGAUGCACAGAGUGUUGUAGAUAUAUAUGUUAAUUAUGACUGUGAUCUUUCUGCUGCAAAUAUUUUUGAAAGGCUUGUUAAUGAUUUGUCAAAGAUUGCUCAGGGAAGACAAGCAUUGGAAUUAGGUGCCACAAUUAAUCAGGAAAAAUCCAUGAGAAUAAAAGGAUUAGAGUGCCUUGUGUCAGUUUUAAAGUGUAUGGUAGAAUGGAGUAAAGAUUUAUAUGUUAAUCCAAAUCAACAAGCAAAUUUAGGCCAUGAACGUUACAAAGAUCAAAUAGAAGAUAUUGAUUCUGGAAAAGGAACAAUUACAAGUUAUGGAAGUACAAAUUCGCUUAGCUCCAAUAAUAGUUCUGCUGGUUAUAAUGUAACAAAUAAUGCUGCACCUGAUAAUCCUGAACAGUUUAAAGUUUUAAAACAGCAAAAAGAAAUUAUGGAACAAGGAAUAGAAUUAUUUCACCGAAAACCUCGGAGAGGAAUUGCAUUUCUGCAGGAACAUGGUUUAUUGGGGAAUACUCCUUGGGAUAUAGCUGAACUUUUUCAUUCUGAUGAUCGAUUAGAUAAAACACAAAUAGGUGAUUUCCUUGGAGAAAAUGAAAAGUUGAACAAAGAAGUUAUGUAUGCUUAUGUUGAUCAAGUAAAUUUUGCUGGAAAAGAUUUUGUGUCAGCAUUAAGAACAUUCCUAGAAGGUUUUAGAUUGCCAGGAGAAGCUCAAAAAAUAGAUCGUUUAAUGGAAAAAUUUGCAGCACGAUAUUGUGAGACAAAUCCAAAUAAUGGAUUAUUUGCUAGUGCAGAUACAGCCUAUGUUCUUGCUUAUUCUAUCAUUAUGUUAACAACAGAUUUACACAGUCCUCAGUAUAUUCUGUUGCAGUUAGAACGUGAUGCUUAUGUACAAGCAUUAGCUCGUUUUACCUUGCUUACAGCUAAUUCACCUAUUACUGAAAUGAAAGCUAAAAAUAUUGAUACAAUUAAAACACUUAUUACUGUUGCACAUACAGAUGGAAACUAUCUUGGAAAAUCAUGGUUAGAGAUCUUGAGAUGCAUUUCUCAAUUGGAAUUAGCACAAUUAAUUGGAACUGGUGUAAAACCACGUUAUUUAAGUAGUGGUCAAUCAACAAUUACUGACAGUGGUGGAUUUGCUUUAGAUCCAGCAGAAUUGUCUCGUGGUGGAUUGGUAUUAGAUCAGAAGAAAAUAGCAAGUUUGCAAGAGUCGAUGGGUGAAACAAGUUCUCAAAGUGUUGUAGUGGCUGUUGAUAGAAUAUUCACUGGCUCAACUCGUUUGGAUGGCUACGCAAUUGUUGAUUUUGUAAAAGCCCUUUGUCAAGUAUCUCUAGAAGAGUUAGCAAAUUCUACACAUCCUCGUAUGUUUAGUCUUCAAAAAAUUGUGGAAAUCUCAUAUUACAAUAUGGGCAGAAUACGUCUGCAGUGGUCUCGAAUUUGGGAAGUUUUAGGCGAACACUUUAACAAGGUUGGUUGCAGUCCAAGUGAAGAUGUUGCAUUUUUUGCUGUAGACUCACUUCGUCAACUCUCAAUGAAAUUUAUUGAGAAAGGAGAAUUUGCCAAUUUUAGAUUUCAAAAAGAUUUUUUACGUCCUUUUGAACAUAUUGUGAAGAGAAAUAGAUCACCAACUAUUAGAGAUAUGGUUGUAAGAUGUGUAGCUCAAAUGGUAAAUUCUCAAGCUGCUAAUAUUAAAUCUGGUUGGAAAAAUAUUUUUAGUGUCUUCCAUCUAGCUGCAUCUGAUCAUGACGAAGGAAUUGUUGAAUUAGCAUUUCUAACAACUGGAAAAAUAAUCAUUGAAAUAUAUGAGAGUUAUUUUCCUGCUCUUAUUGAUUCAUUUCAAGACUCUGUUAAAUGUUUAUCUGAGUUUGCUUGCAAUGCUAGUUUUCCUGAUACUAGUAUGGAAGCUAUCAGAUUAAUUAGACACUGUGCUAAAUAUGCUGCAGAACAACCACAGAUGUUUAGAGAACAUAAUAUAGAGGAUCAAACUGUACCUGAAGAAGAUCGGGUUUGGGUUCGAGGAUGGUUUCCUAUUUUAUUUGAACUGUCUUGUAUUGUAAAUAGAUGUAAAUUGGAUGUUCGAACAAGAGCUUUGACAGUUAUGUUUGAAAUUGUGAAGACAUAUGGAAUCCAAUUUAGACCUCAUUGGUGGCAAGAUUUAUUUCAAAUUGUUUUUCGUAUUUUUGAUAAUAUGAAAUUACCAGAACAACAAACAGAGAAAUCUGAAUGGAUGACAACUACAUGUAACCAUGCAUUGUAUGCCAUUGUUGAUGUAUUUACCCAGUAUUAUAGUGUCUUAGGAGAUCUUCUUUUAGACGAUUUAUAUAGUCAACUCCAUUGGUGUGUUCAGCAAGAUAAUGAACAAUUAGCAAGAUCUGGAACAAAUUGUUUGGAAAAUUUAGUUAUUUCAAAUGGAAUGAAGUUUUCAAGUGAUACUUGGAACAAAACAUGUGAUUGUAUGUUGGAUAUAUUUAAGACAACUUUACCAUUUUUGUUAUUAACUUGGGUUCCAGGAAGCAGAGAUGGCACACAAUAUCCUGUUUCACAAAAUGAAAAACCAUUUAUUGAAAAUGAAAUAAUCUUGCAAUCAAAUGGAAAUCAAAUUUUACCUGAUGGUAUUGAAAAGAAAUUGUUACAAAGUGGAAUGAAUGAGUCAUCUUUAACACGUUCAGAAAGCAAAGAUGAAAAGAUAUUUUUGUCAUUGAAAAUCAAAUGUAUAGUGCAACUGGAAUUAAUACAGACAAUUGACAAUAUUGUUUUCUUCCCUGCAACUAGUCGGAAAGAAGAUGCAGAAAAUCUUGCUGCAGCCCAAGCUGAUAUUAAACAUUUGAAUGAUAUAAAUCAAUCAAUUGAUAAUCAACAACAAGAAGAACAAGGAAUGUAUCCUUAUUUAACAUCGCCACAACUUCUUCAGCUUGUGGAUUGUUUAUUAGAAUCGCAUAGAUUUGCUAAAUCCUUCAAUUCAAAUCAUGAGCAACGAAACUUACUUUGGAAAGCUAGUUUUCGUGGAAAUGUAAAACCAAAUUUACUUACACAAGAAUCACACAGUCUUGCCUGUACAUUGAGGAUAUUAUUUCGAAUGUAUACAGACGAUUCAAGAAGAGAUGCUUGGCCAUUAGUUCAGAGGAAGUUAAUAAGGUAAUAUACUUAUUACUAU